UAUAAUUACUCAUUACGAUAUUGAAAAACAUUAUCAAAAAUAGAUAUAUUGUACACAAAAUAAUGAGCAUCUCAAAAACUAAUUGCAUAAUAAUGAUAUAAUUACGUCUCUACUUCAUAUAAAAGAACUUCCCUAGCGAUUUUCAAAUAUUGUUUACUUACUUUUGCGUUAUAUCAAACGUACUAAAGUGUGUAUUGUGGUAAAAUGCCUAAAGCAAGAAAAAGUUUCACCACCAAGAAACGGAGCAGGAAGGUGAUAUUGCAGAAAGCCCGAGAAGCGAAGUUAACCAAAAUGGCAAUGAAUGUUGUUAGUAGUAUAGAAGAAGAUGACAAACCUAAUUGCAUGGUUCAAUGUGAAGAACAUUUAUCAGACGUCAAUCAUGAAGCAGGCAGUGGAACCAAUGAUGAAGACGAACACGGUUCGGAAAUGUCAUUUUAUGAAAGUGAUCUAGAAACAGAACCUCAUUGCGAGCAAAAAGAUACCUUAUUUUUAUCUGGUCGCCGAAUUGUAGAGAUUGGUCAUUUUUUGGCAUCUCUUAGAGCUCUACGACAUGAUGGCUUUGGUUGCUCUUUCUUCGACAUGGACAUCCAAUCGGAAAAAAUUGAAGGCUUAGAAAGCAUAUUUACGUUUAAAUGUAAAGUGUGUGGGAAAAUAGAUUCCGUAAGAAGUUGCGGUGGUAGUGCAACAUUUCAUUCCACAAAUCAAGCUGGUAUUAUUGGGUCCUUAUCUAUUGGAAUUGGAUACAGUCAAUUAGCAGAGCUGCUUGCAGCCAUGGAUAUACCGCAAAUGUCAAACGUGACCUAUUUAAAAAAUCACAAUGCCAUAUACCCUUCUGUACAUGCAUUAAAUCAACAAUUGAUGACUGUCGCUGCAAAAGAAGAAGCUGAGCUUGCCGAUGAAAUGAAAGAUGGUAUACCAGUCAUUGGCGUUAUAGCUGACGGUGCAUGGGCAAAGCGAUCUUAUCGUAAAAAUUAUUCUGCCCUUUCAGGAGUGGCAUCUAUCAUUGGAGCCAAAACAAAGAAAAUUUUGCAUAUGGGUGUCAAAAAUAAGUACUGCUUCUUAUGUGCUAGAGGGCGUAAAGAAGAAGACCAUGAUUGUUUUCGAAACUGGUCUAAGACGUCUACAGCCAUGGAAUCAGCCAUUGUAGGUGAAGGUUUUAAAAAUUCCAUAACGCGCCACAAUCUUAUAUAUGGAAAACUAAUUGGGGAUGGCGACAGUAGCGUUUACAAACAUUUAGUUGAAAUCGCACCAUACGGUCCAUCGUUUUACAUAAAAAAAAUUGAAUGUCGCAAUCAUUUACUUCGAAACUUCAUAAAUAAACUCAGCGAUUUGAGUAAAGACACCAAAUACUCAAAACCUCACAGAGAGUAUGUGUCAAAUCCAUCAAUGCUAGGUCGCUUCCGCAAUGCAGUUAUAAGGGCUAUCGCAUACAGGAAAUCCGAAAAUAAUGCACUUGAUGACAAGAUUGACAAUUUAAAGAAGGAUAUAUUGAAUAGUCCCUACCAUAUCUUUGGCCGCCAUGUACAUUGCAAAGAUUACUUUUGCAAAGGUUCAGAUGAGAAUAAGGAUGAUUUAGUUGAUAUAUAUACCCAAAACGGGAUCCUAGGUGGAAUUAAUACCAUUAUACAACGACUUGCGGAUCACGCCUCUAGUUUACUGUAUGAUACAGACAAUAAUCCUGCGGAAACUUAUAAUUCCAUCAUAGCUAAACUUGUAGGAGGUAAAAGAAUAAACUUUUCACUCAAAAAUUCCUACCAAUUAAGGUGUGAACUGGCGGCCAUAUCCUACAAUUGCAAACAACGUAAUUUAUUAGGCGUUUUACAUAAGCAGCUAUGUGGAAGACCACCAGGACAUUACACACAAAUCUUCCUAGACGCCCAACUACAUCGGUACAACAACAGAUCUAGAAAACAUCAUAUCAAGAAAAGAGCGUUUCAGACCGCUGAUCAACAUUACGGUAUGGUGGACGAAAUUGCAAUCCCUGACCUAUCCUUGGAAGAAUAUGAACUAAAAUCAGCCCAAUUUCUAAAAGAUUUGAAGAACUUAAACAGAAGAGAUGUUGAGCGUGAUACAAUAAACCAAUCAAAAAGCGAUUUAUGGAUUAUUGAACGUAAAAAAAGAAUAACAGCUUCUAAUUUUGGGAAAGUUUGCAAAUUACGCAAGACAACUUCCACAGCUAAAACUGUAACACACUUACUGUAUAGUUCUUUUAGAGGAAACAAAUACACACAAUUUGGAUUGGAGAGCGAAGUAAAUGGCAUUGAGCACUUUGAACGCCUAUAUCAAGUAAAGGUAACCAGAUGCGGUCUCAUCGUCGAUGAAGAAAAACCGUAUUUGGCUUGUUCUCCUGACGGUUUAGUUGGGGAAGACAGUAUAGUUGAAAUUAAGAGUUCCUUGAAAAGUGGCGACCACGAUCCUGUUGAGGCAUGUAUGUUAAAAUUAAUUGACUAUUGUGUUUUAGAUGAGGAAAACAAUAGAAUUAUGCUAAAAAGGAGUCAUAAUUAUUACUAUCAACUCCAAGGCAUUAUGCACAUCACCAAGAGAAGCAACUGUUAUUUUAUAGUUUAUACAACAGCGGGAAUCCAUGUUGAGGAAAUAAGAAGGGAUGACAUCUUUUGGACACAACAUAUGGAAAAAAAGCUGCAAGAAUUUUACAUGCAGUCAUUAUUGCCAGAAUUAGUGGAUUCAAGGCGAUGCCGUAAUAUGGACAUUAGGACGGUACACAUGGUAAAUUAAAUACUUUUUCGGAAAUGCAAACCUGCUUGUUCGUUUUUUAUUUACCUAAUAUUUAAGUUUAUAUGUAAAAUUGUAUUAAAAUUUAUCUUUCAAAUAAAAGUACCAUUAGUGA